AUGAGCCUGCCGCCGUUUUUUGACAAAGCGCCUUCGAUAAUAAAUAAACCGGAUGGGACGGUACUGUUCGAAUGCAUGUGUAACGCAAAUCCAGAGCCAACAGUGAAGUGGUUCUUCAAGGAUAAAGAAUUGGCUGGUGAGCGGUAUGCAACAAAAGUGAAGAAAAUGGUCGGUAAAUGGGCAUGCACGCUGACCAUGAAAAACCCAACACUACAAGAUCAAGGAGUAUAUAAAGUCGUAGCGACGAACAAAAAUGGUACUCACUUUGUGGAGCAGAAUUAUGUGUUAGCAUGCACUGCUGACGAAGUUUUCAAAACU